UGUGAAUCACUUUUGUUGUUGAUGGUAAUCCGGAGAUAUCAAAGAAAUAUAUGUCGAGCUUCUCUUUCAAAAAAAACAAGCCACCACCACAGACAGACCUGCACCUGUGGGUGAAAUGGUUUUUUUUUGUUGGGUCAGAUCUGUGGGUGAAAUGUUAGAUUGUGUCAAAAGUUACUGACCCAGAAGUAAAGAUCCCAAGUAGAACACCGUCCAGAUGCGCAAGCACCGUCAUCGUUUUUUUUGUCGUGAGAUGGGCCGGAUAGACCGACCCGCCCCGAGAAAAAUACCCGAAAACAACCCCAAAAUUCAAAAACAGAAAUUGCUUUCCCCUCUCCCUCUCUGCGAUUCCUGAUGCUGCGCUUCCAGAAGGAGAAGAUGAUGAAGUCCGCCUGAGGAGCACUACUUCUACCAGAGGAUCGCCGUUCCAAGUCGCCGUGGAGCUAAGGCCGGCGAGCUACCUCAAACACUUCCUAUCAUCGGUUAAGCCAUCGGACCGCAGCGGAGCUCUCCUCUCGGCGUCUUUGGUCGCUUCCGGCGUGGUUCCUGAUCGGUUCCGACUAGGCUCUUCAAGAGCUCCGAGUGCUACGUCGUGCGUGCUGGUGGGUUUGUUUGAGAUGAUUGAUUCUUGGUACUGUGAACCCAGCGGCAAACGCAGCGUUGUUGUGCAAUCUUCUCUCCCGGUAACUUCCUCACGGCCGAAUUGACUCUCUGUUUGGCCCCCUGUCUCUCUAUUCUGGACCUGGCUUUCGGAAUUGAGAUGAUGGUUUGAACCUGCUGGCUGGAGUUGUCUUGUUCUUGGUUGGUUUCAAAAUGCUCAUUGAUUCGGUCCUAUUUUACCUCCAAAACCAACUUCACAUAUAACAUGUUCGAUGAAAUGCUCCAUAGAGACAUUUCCCAUGUAAACUCCCUCAUCACCUCAUAUGUUCGCCGUGGAGACCUUGCCACUGCUUGGACCCUCUUCUGUGACGUGCGACGCACACGCUCUGACCUUGAUGCACACACCUUCACCCCUGUCCUUCGUGCGUGCUCUUUGUUACCACUCUCUAAGCGGGGCAAACAAGUCCACACUCACAUGAUCAAAACCGGUGCAGAUAUCGGAACUGUCGCAAAAACUGCACUGAUGGACAUGUAUUCGAGAUAUGGGUAUUUGGAACAAUCCAAAAGGAUCUUUGAAGAGAUGGUUCACAGGGAUGUUGUUGCUUGGAAUGCUUUGCUUUCGAGUUUCUUGAGGCAUGAUCUUCCCCUUGAAGCACUAAGUGUUCUAAGAGAAAUGGGAAAGGAGAAUGUUAUGCUCAGUGAGUUCACACUUUGUUCCGUGUUGAAAUGUUGUGCUUCUUUGAAGGCCUUGGAAUUGGGUAGACAGGUUCAUGGUUUGGUGGUGUCCAUGGGGCGUGAUUUGGUUGUGCUGAGCACUGCUCUUAUUGAUUUUUACUCCAGUGUUGGAUGUAUUGAUGAUGCUUUGAAAGUUUUCUAUAGUUUGAAGGGUUGGAAAGAUGACAUGAUGUAUAACUCUUUGGUUUCUGCAUGCAUCAGGAAUAAGAGGUAUGAUCAAGGGUUCAAAAUUCUGAGCUUGAUGAAGCCUAAUGUGGUUGGUCUUACCAGUUCUCUGGUUGGCUGCUCUGAGAAUCUGGAUCUGUGGGUAGGGAAACAGAUUCACUGUGUUGCAGUACGUCAAGGUUUCACUUAUGAGACUCAACUGUGCAAUGCCUUGUUGGACAUGUAUGCGAAAUGUGGGAAAAUUUCACAUGCUCGUUCAUUGUUCAAUGGAAUUUCUCAGAAGGAUGUGAUUUCCUGGACAUGUAUGGUUGAUGCAUAUGGUCGGAGUGGGUGUGGACAUGAAGGUGUUGAGCUGUUUGAGCAGAUGAUGGAGGAUGGGAAUAAGGUGAUUCCGAACUCUGUGACUUUUUUGUCUGUAUUGUCGGCUUGUGCUCACUCUGGAUUGGUGGAGGAAGGUAAAAAAUGCUUCAAUUUGUUGAGGGAGAAAUAUGGUCUUGAACCAGAUCCAGAGCAUUAUGCAUGCUUCAUAGAUAUCUUAGGCCGAGCCGGUAACAUGGAAGAAGCAUGGUCAGCAUAUCAAAAUAUGAUUGAGCAAGGUACUAAGCCUACUGUAGGAGUAUGGAUAGCAUUGCUGAAUGCUUGUAGUCUUAAUCAGGAUGUUGAAAGAGGUGAAUUUGCUGCAAAGCAUCUCUUGCAGAUGGAGCCUGAUAAAGCUAGCCAUAUUGUGCUUGUAUCGAAUUUUUAUGCAGCCAUUGGAAAGUGGGAUUGUGUAGAUGAGUUGAGAAGCAUGAUGAGGACAAAAAGGUUGGUCAAGGAAGCUGGCAAUAGCUGGAUUAAUGUUUCAGCCUUCAAUCAACAUGUCGGGUUGCGAUCUGCUUGAUGUUUGCUAGCAACGGCCAACACAAAGUUGAGCCCAAGUCUUACUAUUAAGUAUGGAUUGAAUAUAGUGGCAAGUUGGCAAUGUGUCUGCUCUGCAUUCUUUAUAUCAUUGGCUAACAUCGUCGGCCUUUUGCUCGUGCUUGGUUCUAUUCUAGGCUCGACUCUUGGUUGCUAACAUCGAGGAUACCUCAGAAGUCAGAAGAAAGAAAAUUGGGUGGAGCCCAGGAGAAAAAGUAGUGACCUGAAGUCCUGAACAUAAUCAUAUCAUGCCUAUUAGAGUUACUUAUAUCGUUUAUUUUUCAAUUUUUUACCGUUUUCUUAUAUGAUGAUCUUAUCUACUUUAUUUAAUUUUGUGUGGGUUAAGAUGAUAUCACUCUUUUCGACAAGGACUAAGGAUCAAAUUAUGCAAUUGAAGCUCUAACUCAGCAGCCUUACUAA